GAAAGCGUUUGGUUAGAAAACGGUCUUGUUCCAAAAAGGAGAGUUUCAGGGGAAAUCCUCAGCUUACUUUAUCUAAGAUCACGUCCACAACACCCAACAAAGCAGCCAUGACAUCAAAAGGAGCCAAAGAGACCAUCGUCAGCAGGUUGGGUUUCAAAUCCAGCAGCUCUGUGUCCAAGUCUGAGGUGGAGCUGGAAAAAGUCAGGAAGGAGAAUGCUCACCUCAGGAAAAAGAUUGAUGAACUGGCCAAACGACACAUCAAACCACCAGACUCAGACAAAAGCAAGCUUCUGGAGAGGAUCCUUUCCCUUGAGACGCUACGAGAGAGAAACAAUCAGCAGUUGCUUGUUAAAGAGCAGGAACUGGAAACAAUGAGACAGCAGCUGACGGCUAGAGGAGGGGAGGUGGUAGCAUCACUACAGGCCCAGCUGGAGCAGCGGAGGAAGGAGGCAGAGCAGAGAGACGUGUUGUUCCAGAAUUUGUCACAGGAGACAGAGAACCUGAAAAAUCAGCUGGCCACUGUGUCUGCCCGCUGCCAGUCGCUGGAAACACAGGCAGUGAAUGGACAGGUACCUCCUGCGGACUUGGCAUUGGUACAAGAUCAACUGAGAGAUGCUCUGGAGAAGAACCAGCAGUGGUUGACAUACGACCAGCAGAGAGAGGCCUACGUCCAGUCCGUCCUGGCCCGCACAUUGGAGCUGGAGCAGCAGUUGGCCGAGGCGAAGCAGCAACAAACCAAACAAGAGGCCACUUCAGAUGGUCCAGAGAAGGACGUCCAUCUAAAGAGCCACUAUGACCAGUUGCUGUCGGGGUUACAGAAAGACAUGGAGAGGCAAAAAGAUCAGCUUACCAAAAGCCAACAAGAGCUCAGUGGGCAGAGGGAACAGACGUUGAGAGCUCAGGCCGAGCUGCAUUCUCAGAAGGAGCAGGUCACCAGGCUGCAGGAGGAGAUUUCAGCACUGCAGAGGAGAUAUGAGGACAAGUGCAGCGAUCUGACAUCUUUACUGAGGAAGUACGAGGAGAAGACCAAAGAGACAGAGGACAUAAAGAUGCAGCUGCAGGCAGAGCGACUCAGCAACAGGCAUGAAGUGUGUGAGGAGAGAAAGGUGUCGUCUGAGCGGUCAGACAGAAUGAGAAUGGAACUGGAAAAUAUGGACAUCAGACUGGAGGAGGAGAGGAAAAGAUCUGCUGAGCUUCUGCUGCAGGUGAAUAUGCUACAGAAGUCUCUUCUGAGCCAACAUGAAGAACAGAGGAGAAUCGCAGCUCUGGAGCAACAGAAUCCAAAGUUCUCUGACUUUGUGGACAAACAGACUGGAUACAAGACUAAAUGCAUGCUCACUUUCCCUGUUAUGGCUGACAAAGAGUGCCUUGGAGUUGUCAUGGCACUAAACAAAAUAGGAGCGGACACGUUCUCUCCAGAAGAUGAGACGCUCUUCCACAAGUACAUGACCUUUGCCCAAGUCAUCACCCUGCAGCAUUUCACAAACUACAUGUUCAACGUGGAGUCCAGAAGGAGUCAGGUGCUGCUCUGGUCGGCCAGUAAAGUAUUUGAGGAGUUGACGGACAUUGAGAGACAGUUCCACAAAGCGCUCUACACUGUAAGGAUCUAUCUAAAUUGUGAACGAUACUCAGUGGGCCUGUUGGACAUGACCAAAGAGAAGGAAUUCUAUGAUGAAUGGCCGGUGAAAUUGGGAGACGUGGAACCUUAUAAAGGACCGAAAACACCAGAUGGCAGGGAAGUAAUCUUUUACAAGAUCAUUGACUACCUCCUGGAAGGCAAAGAAGAAAUCAAAGUCAUACCUGGUCCGCCUGCAGAUCAUUGGGCUCUAGUCAGCGGCCUACCCACCUAUGUUGCAGAAAACGGCUUUAUUUGCAACAUGAUGAACGUGGCUGCAGAUGACUACUUCACUUUCCAGAAAGAGGCUGUGGAUGAGACGGGUUUUGUCAUCAAGAACGUUUUGUCGCUGCCCAUCGUCAACAAAAAGGAAGAAAUUGUGGGCAUCGCCACUUUCUUCAACAGGAAAGACGGCAAGCCAUUCGAUGAACACGAUGAACAGAUCACUGAGGCCCUGACGCAGUUUUUGGGUUGGUCUGUGCUGAACUGUGACACCUACGACAAGUUGAACCGUAUGGAGUGGAGGAAAGAAAUUGCCCAGGAGAUGCUCAUGUGCCAGACCAUGUGCACCAAAGACGAAUUGCAAACCAUUCUGAACACCAAAGAGAAGUUUGAUGCAGAGCCUGAAGACUGUGACCAGAAAGAGAUGUACAAACUGUUGAGAGCAACCUGCCCAGUAGCGGACAAUGUCGACGGAGAGAGUCUGUACCUGUUCUCCUUUAGCGACUUCCCCGUCACGGAGUUCGGCCUCAUCAAAGCCGGAAUUCGCAUGUUCUUUGAGCUCGGAGUUAUUGAGAAGUUUAAAGUUCCCGCAGAGACACUGACCAAGUGGAUGUACACAGUGAGGAAGGGUUACCGCGCCAUCACCUACCACAACUGGAGGCAUGGAUUUAACGUAGGCCACACCAUGUUCUGCCUGCUGCAGACAGGGAGGCUGAGGAAGUACUACUCUGAUCUAGAUGCCUUUGCCAUGGUGGCUGCUGCUUUCUGCCACGAUAUCGACCACAGAGGAACCAACAACCUCUACCAGACAAAGAGUGCAUCUCCUCUAGCUAAACUCCAUGGCUCCUCCAUCAUGGAGAGGCACCAUUUGGAGUACAGCAAGACACUCAUGGCGGAGGAGAGCCUGAACCUCUUCUGCAACCUCCAGAAGCGUCAGUUUGAGCAUGUGCAGCACUUGUUCGAUGUCUGCAUCAUCGCCACAGAUCUGGCCCUUUACUUCAAAAAGAGAACCUUGUUCCAAAACAUUGUGAAUGCCACAGAGCAAAUGAAAGAGGAAAAGGAGGCCAUUGACUUUGUUUCCAACAACCCCACCAGGAAGGAAGUCAUCAUGGCCAUGAUGAUGACAGGUUGCGACUUGUCAGCUAUCACCAAACCCUGGGAGGUACAGAGCAAGGUGGCUCUGAUGGUCGCUGCUGAAUUCUGGGAACAGGGAGAUUUGGAGAGAACUGUUUUGGACCAACAACCAAUUCCCAUGAUGGACAGAAACUGUGCCGAACAGCUACCCAAGAUGCAGUGUGGUUUCAUCGACUUUGUGUGCUCAUUUGUGUACAAGGAGUUCUCCAGGUUCCACAAAGAGAUCCAGCCCAUGUUUGAUGGUCUGAACAACAACAGGUCACACUGGAGUGAGCUGGCUGAGGUAUACAACGCAAAGAUAAAAGCUAUUGAGGAUGAGAAGAAGAAACUGGAAGAAGAGGAAGCCAAGAAAGCUGGUGGAGGCGAACCGUCAAAGUCAAAGACUUGCACCAUUUGCUAA